ACUUUUAUUGAAUCAAUAGCUAAUGGGAAUAUAGGUAAAUAGUAACUUCAGAAACCGAGCAUUAAAUAACUGAUAAAACGUAAAAAAGUGUAGAUAAUGUGUUGGUUUUUAAUAUAUUGUGGUAUUCAUGCAUCAUUCAUAUAAUGAUCAUCAUUUAUACCAUGUUUUAUUUUAAAACUUUAGCUAUCCGAAAGAUCCAAAGAUAAAAGAAAUGUGGAUAAAUGCGACAGGAAGGGGUCCAAGCUGGUUCCCAACAAAAAAUCACACCAUAUGCUCGUCCCACUUUGAGCCAAAGUGCUUUCAACCAUUGAAGAAAGUUCGUUGGCUCUUCGAAUGGUCGGUCCCAACAUUGAAGUUGCGUAUGGUAUUGAUGAAUUAUAUGGAACCUUCCACAUCCAAAGUGUGCUUUUAUUCUGAAUUGGAUAAAAAGGAUCCUAAUUUGACGGUUGCUUUAAAACUUCCAACCGGAACCGAAUCACAAAAUCUCACUUGUGAAAAAAACGAUAAUUCGGAAAAUACUGCUCCAACGUCUACAAUAUAUGGUAUCGAUACAAACUUUAAUGCUCGACAAAAUAGCAGUAAUGCUAGUUCGAGAUAGGUGCUGGUCUUUAUUGUUCUGGGAGACAAAAUUUGAGUGACCUGUGGACUAAUGAUGACACAGGCGUGGAAAUAUUUAGGCUUGUAGUGUCCAAAUAACGCUUUCAUUUCAUCCAAAGCUGCUUGACCUUUGACGAUACUUCUAUUCGUGAUGAAAGGAAGCUAAUAGACAAAUUGGCACCAAUCAGGGAACUAUUCGAAACAUUUAUUGAAAAUUGUUAAAUAUCUUAUGUCCCAGGAGAUUGUCUAACUAUCGAUGAAAUACUGGUAGCUUUCCGAGGCCGAUGCAAAUUUCAUCAAUACAUUCCAUCCAAGCCGGCUAAAUACGGUAUCACUAAAUAAUUUGAUAGAUGCAAGAAAUCCCUACAGCAAUAACCUUUAAAUAUAUCCUAGAAAGCAGACUGAUAAUCGAUAUUUUAUGAGCAAUAAACCGUUUGAUGUUGUGGAUCGCAUUGAGCAGCUGAUAUCGAAAACAAACCGUAACAUUAUGUUUGAUAACUGGUUCACAAGUUAUGAACUUGUCGAACAUUUUCUCGAGGAACACAAGAUUUUUUAAUUUUUUAUUUACUUAUUUUUUUUAUUACUAC